AUGUUAUCUAGAAGGUUCAUCCGCUCUUGCCACCGCUCCUAUCGGACCACCACAGUCCCCCAUCGGAUCAUUAAGACAAUAGCUACCGAUGCACCACUUCACUACCUUUCAUUCUUUAAAUGUGCGACUGCUCAGUGUAAUGGCUUUCUAGGAGGGUUUAAGGUGAUGCCCUACAGUACAGGUUGCAAGACUCCAUUGUACAAUUUCGAGGCUAAUUCAAAUUACAAGGAAGUACCUGAUCCUAAAAUAAUGGUGACAUUUCUAGUUGUUGAUGAUGAAGAUGGUGCUGCAUUUGUUGCAUGGAAAACCACACCAUGGAUACUCCCUAGGAAUCUUGCACUUUGUGUCAACUCAAAUUUUGUAUAUGUCAAGGUGAAGAGCAUAUCCAUUGGAAAAAUCUAUGUAGUUGCUGAAUCUCGAUUAUCAGAGCUUCCAGUAGAAAAGGCAAAAAAAGGAAAACCUAAUGGAGUUGUGUAUGACAAAACCAAGGGAUCUAGUUCUAAUUGUGGAAAGGCUAAAAACUUUAUGGUUGCUUAUGAGGUGUUGGAUAAAUUUCAAGGAUCUUCACUUAGUGGAACUGGAAUCGUGCACUGUCCUCCAGCAUUUGGUGAAGAUGAUUAUCGUGUUUGUUUGGAAAACCAAAUCAUUCAUAAGGGAGAAAAUCUUGUUAUGGUAGUUAAUGAUGAUGGAUGUUUUACAGAAAGAGUUAUUGAUUUCAUUGGUCGAUAUGUCAAAGAGGCAGAUAAAGAUAUCAUUCAAGCAGAUAAGAGCAGACUGGUCAAAUCUGGAAGCUUUACUCAUUCAUAUCCAUUUUGUUGGAGAUCCGAUACUCUUCUCAUCUACAGAGCAGUUCCCAGCUGGUUUCUUCUUCAUUGCAUGAGUAAAGCUUUCCCUGAAAUGCCAAUUUUUGGGUUGGUUGAUUGGAACCCUGCUGGAUUGGCUAUUCUUUGCACCUUCAAUUAUGGAAGUAUUGGAAUGGGUCUAGAAGCAUACAAAUAUGCUUGCAACAAUCAAGUGGUUGUUGAGAUUAAGGAAAGAUGA